UUCCUCGUCCUGUCCGAGGAGUUCUCGUUCCCGAAAAUCUUUCCCUCGUUUACGAUACCGCAUACCUGCGGCCGCGGCCCUUCUCAGCGUGCAGCGGGGUCCGCCGCGCGCCUCCGCGCCCCGCCAGCCCGCACCGCACACCGGCCCGAGCCGUCGCCGCAAGAGCACGUCCGCGCCACGUCGCGUCGCGCGCGUAAACAUUCCCGACUACAAUGAAAACAAACUAACUCGUCCUCCGACAUGAAGUGCUUCGCGAUUCUCCUAGUGACAGUGGUGACCGGGGCCGCCGCCGAGGCUUCCGUGCGGACAUGUGAACCUAUCAAAGUGGCCAUGUGCAAGAACAUAGGGUACAACCAGACCGGCAUGCCGAACCUGGCGCGGCACACGCUGCAGGCGGACGCCGACGUGACGCUCCAGACCUUCAGCCCGCUCGUCCAGUACGGCUGCUCCUCGCAGCUGCACCUGUUCCUGUGCGCCGUGUACGUGCCGAUGUGCACCGACAAAGUCGCGCUCCCGAUCGGGCCGUGCCGCGGGCUCUGCGAGAGCGUCUACUCCCGCUGCUACCCCGUGCUGCGCGGGUUCGGGUUCCCGUGGCCGGCCGAGCUCGACUGCAGCCUGUUCCCGGCCGAGAACAACCACGAGCACAUGUGCAUGGAGGGCCCCGGCGAGCGCGCGCCGGCCUCGGGCGCCGUGCCGGAGCCGGGCGCGGGCGCGGGCGCGGGCCCGGCGCUGUGCCGGCGGCUGCUGCAGGCCGGCAGCUGGGUGUGGGUGCGCGGCUCCGGCCGCUGCGCGCAGUACUGCGACGCCGAGGUGCUGUGGGAGAGCGGACCGCGGCGCGCGGCCGAGGUGUGGCUGGCGACGUGGGCGGCGCUGAGCUUCGUGUGCACGCUGGCGGCGGCGGGCGCGCAGCUGGCGUGCGGCGGGCGCGGGGACGCGGGGGAGCGCGCGCUGGUGCUGGUGGCGCUGUGCCGCUGCGCCGCGGCGGCGGGCUGGGGCGUGCGCGCGGCGGCCGGCCGCGCGGCCGCGGGCUGCGCCAAGGACUCCACGUCGCCGGCGCGCCUGCUGCUGGCGCACGACGGCCUCGCCAACCCCAACUGCGCGGUCGUCUUCCUCCUGCUCUACUACUUCGGUCUCGCUGCAUCCGUUUGGUGGGUAGUGGUGGCAGGCGCCUGGCGUGCGAGCGUGCUGCGGCCUCCUAGCGGCACCGGCCGCGGCGACCACUCCUCACUGCUGCAGCUGGCGGCCUGGGGCGUGCCGGCAGCGCUGGCCGCCGCCGUGCUCGUCACACGGGACGUCGACGCUGAUGAACUCACUGGUACUUGUUUCGUCGGGAACCAGUCGAGUAAAUCGUUAUUGGCGCUGGUGAUCAUCCCGGAGGCGAUCUGCCUGCUCCUGGGCUGCGUUUUCCUGUCGUCGGGGCUGCGGGCAGUGCUGCGGCGGCCGGCGCCGGCGCCCGCUCCCUCCGCUCUGUUGAAUGCGCCGCCUCAGCCACAUACGGACCAGAGUGUGUUGAGACUUGGAGCGUUCGCGGCGCUAUACGCGGUGCCGUCGGCGUGUAUACUCGCCACAUGGGUGUACGAGUACGCAUGGCGGGACGAGUGGCUGUCUGCACCGAUGCCGUCUUCGGAGCCGUCGACGCACCCGCGGCCGGCGUUUUGGGUGUUUCUGUUCCGGAUCUUCGCGACGCAGAUACUGGGGGUGAUGGUGGCGGUGUGGAUCGCGACGCCGCGGCUGAAGGCGCUGUGGCGGCGGCUGAGUGGGCCGCAGAAGCCGGUGGCAAGUAAGUGCCCGCCGGGGCCGCCGCCGACGCCGAUGACGCUGCACUGCUACGCGGCGCACGCGCACUCGCUGCCGCGCCACACGCACAAGUACGCCACCUACCGCCCGCCGCAGCAACACUCCUACAGGAAGCCGCGCCACUACCACUACUCGGCGGGUGAAACGAUUCUUUGACCGCGGAAAUGUGAACGAUUUUGGACGUUACUCGUUAUUAAGGGUGCCUUUCGUAUGCAUUUGUUGUUAUAAGUGUAGCUAGAUUGAUACGACGGAUAAAGCACCAUUAGGUUGAUAGGUACCAAGUAAGGGAUAGGUCUGUAAAAUUCAUAAGUGCCAUUGAAGCUUAAUAUUAUGCAUAAUAUUUAUGAUUAAACAAUAAUAUAAAUGAGGACAAUCAACAUUAGUUCUGUUUACUUAAUGAAAGAAUUUAAUUUAAUUAAAAUGAGGUUUGAAAGGAAAUAAGUGCCUCGCAUACUGUUUGAGUUUUUUUAAACGUAACAAACAGUAAUGUCGUUUUUCUAAAGUAUUCAUAUUUUAUUAUAUUAUGUAAGUAAUGUAAAUAUAAACAUGUUAAAAUUGUACAGUAUGUUAGGUUAAGAAAAAACUACAGUUUAUCUAGAGACGAGCAAAUAAUUAUUACCUCGCGUUUUAAUAAAAAUAAUAAAAUGGCGCCUAUGAUGUUGCUUAUGUCCAUGGGACCACGAUAUAUCCACGAUACCGCUUCCAAUCAUCUCGUCUGCUCCUUUACAUACUAUCAAAUAAAAAAUGUCACUUUGAUAAUCGCGUAUUUUGCUCGUCUCUGGUUAUAUAUCGAUACUUAGAAGGCUGUAAAAGAUGUAAAUAUAGUAAAUAAGAGCCCUUUUGGCG